AUGGAUCCAUUUUUACAAUACAGGUUGGGUACAAUCUCGUUCGACGAUUUUCAUAGGAGGGUUAUUCAAAACGAAUUCGAGAGGAUUCUCGAAGAUCCUUCAUUAAACUUGAAAAAUUAUCGCUUCAAUAAGUGGUCCGGUUAUGAUUCAAGCAAAGGAACUUCAUUAAAUAUAGGUGUUACUUGUCUGGACGUUGACAAUACUGGUCAAGUGCUAUUAGGUGGUGGAGAUGACGGAUCACUUUCCAUAUGGGGUUUGGAUGAAUCAUCGCAUCAGAAUGAUGAAGGUGAACAGGAACUGAUCAAUAAAAGACUAAAUUACAUCAAGCGACAGCCUCACCAAUCUGAUAAUGAACAGACACAAACACCAAGCCGUAAAAAAAAGAAAUCACGAAUGCACGAUGGUGGUGCUACAAGAUUAGUACACAGUUUUCAAACUCAAAGGAAUAAAUAUCGGAUGUAUAGACAAUCUAACACACCAAUUUCCAGCCGAACAUCGGUCAUGUUAAAUGCGGCUAAUUCUCAAACAGAUAGCCCGCUAUUGGAAACCGAUGCUGGAGGUUCAAUAUCUCAUCAUAAAUACGGGAUCACUACUUUAAAAUGGUACAGGACAGAUAACGGCAUGUUUUUUACUGGAUCUAACGACAAGACCGUAAAGAUAUGGGACACGAACAGGUUUGAACCAGUUCAAAAUAUAAGUUUAGGGUACAGAAUAAACCAAAUCGAUAAUAAUAUUGCCAAUGACAGCUCCUUGCUUGUCGUAGCAAGUGAAGACUACUAUCCAAGAAUGAUUGACCUGAGAACCAUGAACUCAGGAAUCACCACACUCGGGAUGGGCAAUAAGACACGAAUGCAGUCCGAAAUUUCAUGUUGCAAGUUUAACCCGGUGAGGGAACAAAUCGUCGCAUGUGGUGAUACGGAGGGCGGUAUAAAGUUAUGGGACCUAAGAAUGAGGAACAGGCUGUAUUUAGAAUUGAAAAGAACUAGAGAAGGAUUUAAACCUAUAAACAGCGAUGAUAACAACGGAAGCGAUGUCUACUUUGGUUCCAACGAAUUGAAAGCUCAUUUGAGAUGCUGUAAUGACAUUGUUUGGAACGACGAGGGCUCAGAACUAUGUUCAAUUGGCACGGAUGGAAAAUUAAAUAUUUGGAGGCCAUUUACAGAAAUCUUUCAAUUAGACGGUAUAGCGAGUUAUAGACAGCUGGGGCCACAGGAUUUAAGUCGUAUAAAAUACAAGAAAAGAGUUUCUCAGAGGCUACUUUGGUUUGAUAAGUUUCUACUAUGUAUUUCUGACAAUGGAGAAAUAGAAAUAUACAAUACGGAGGAAGAGAAACUAUGGAACAAGCUCGAAUACCCGAUGGGACAUAAUCAAGUAAAAAAGAACCAGGCGUUGCAGUGCCAGUUUAGUUCCAUGACCUUGCAAACAAAUAUGAUGAAUUCGGUCGGACUCAGGUUGUUCUUCGGAACUAACAACAAUGCCAUUGGAAAUGGGGGUUCCAUUUUCGAGUGUUCGUAA